AUGGCACCAUCAACUAAUGAUAAAAGACAAUUAUCUUUUCAAGUAAAGGAAGAUUCAGGUGAUUGCUCACCAUGUGUAUUAAACUUUCAUGGUGGUCUCCCAAGUCUAAACUUUCUCGAAGAUAAAGACACCUCUUUCCAAAGUCUUAACAACAGAGCAAAGAAGAUAUAUGUAAUUUGUAGAUAUAAUGAAACAACAGGUAAAGUUCAAGUUGUACCAAUUGAUGAGAUUCUACAAGUGAAUCAAUCGAUCAAUGAUUAUGAAGAGAAGUUUGAUACAGUCGAUAGAAGCACAAUGAGUUAUCUUGACAAGGAGAAAUCACUUGCCAACAGCUUUGGUAGUAGAAUCACAAAGAAGACUAUUCACAAGACAGAAUCUGAAAACUUGGGUAGUCUCGACAGUAGCAAGACCAAACAGAUGGCUGACAAUGUCAAGAAUGAACUCGUCAGUCAAGGUGCAUCAAUGGAAGACCAAACAACCGAUCUUCCACAAUAUAACUUGGAAGCUACCGAGGCAAAGGAUAUCUAUGCAAUUGAAAUCCUCCUUCCAUUCGACGUCUACUCGGAAUUGGAUGUUUCCGAUUCAAUGGCUUUUUGCAAGGAUAAAUCAACCAUCCCCGAAACUCUCCCAUCAUAUGUCAAGCAAAAGAUUGAAAAGAUCUCUGGUAUCGAAGAUAACGAAGAUAAGGAACAUGCUUGUAAAAUUUUAUUAAUUAUCUAUUAUAUGUCUUUAAUGGCAAAAGCAAGAAAAGGAAAGGAUAUUUUUACUGUUUUAUCAGAAAAUGGUGUUCCAAGAGAAACCAAACAUUAUCUUUUAAAUAAUUUCUGUACUAAAGUUUCAAAGACUAAAAAUACUAUGAGUUCAUUCCAAACAAACAAACUUUACAACUUUGUUGCCAUUUUAUCACUUCAUUUGGAUGGAUUCUAUAGUAGAUCAGAAUCAAUCAAUGAACUUGCAAAGGCUUUGGGUAUUGAACCACAUAUCUUAACCAAACAUUACCAACGUGUUGGUUGCACAACCAUCAGAGAUCCACAACGAAAGAGUUUUAUUGAUUUCAGAUUAAAGGCUCCAUUAAAAAUUACAGAAGAAGUUAGACAAUUUAAAAAGAAAAAGUUUUAA